AGCUCAGCGUCGCGGACGCGCAGGGGCGAGAUCCGGGGCGGGAGGGGCCGCUCGGAGCCGCGGAGAGGCCUUUGGCUUCGCGCGGCGACCGAUGCGGCACGUGCCGCUCCUGGGUGGCGAUGUAUGCGCCGCCCAUCGACCGCCGCCGCCGCAGUCCAAGCCCAGCCGCUGCUGGCCGGCAGCACGAAGCCCAGGCAGAGGUCGCGUUGACACCGUGGCCCAGGUAUUUCAGAACUGGUGGCGGCUGACAACGGACAGGAAUUACCUCGCCUCUCCGUCAAGCCGACGUGUAUUCUGGAGGUUCUACCCUUACAUCAUGUUCUGUUUCAUGGCGCUUUGGUUGGUAUGCAUGUGGGCCGAUCUCGUCGACUUCGACACUGGGUUGGUCCAGGCGAUGGCGGUGAAUUACUUGUGCUCGCUGGUGGUCAGCAGCCUGCCAAUCACAACGAUUUGUCCAGAUUUUUUGUCACCGCAUGGAGCAUAAAUCUCUGGGUAUUUUCCAACCACGAGCAGGCACGUUCCGCAGCGGGCUGGCACCAAUUGCCUUUUUUCCUCUUCUAUGCUUGGGCGGCUGGGUUGCACAGCUGCUUUGUUGCGCAAUUCUGCUUCAUUGGGUGUUUGGCCAUUUUUGCAGACCCGAGGUUCGAUAUCAACUCGCAAUGCACAUUGAUGUUGUUAGGAGUUAGUGUUGUGGCCACCGCUGUCGUCCUCGAGUGGCAGUCUGUGUCCCACUUCCAGAAAUUACAAGCACUCUUGAACGUGUCUACAGAUGGGCGGAUUGUCGUAAACAGAUUCACGGGUACAAUUGUCAGCAUGAGCCAGGAGGCGUCGGAAGUGUUGGGCGGCAGAUUGAUUGGGAAGCCCUUCGGCUGCCUUGCUCACGACACCGAUCGCCCCAGAGUAGAGGACUGGUUCAGCCGAAGCCACGGGGAGCCUUCCGAGGCGUUCAUGGCCACGCUCAGGUGCGGGCAGCUCCCAGAGGCCAAGCCUAUGCAGGAGUUCGAGGCCCGCAUCAUACCUUUCGAGAUCGCCGGGCCUCACCUGCACUUCUGCCUACAGGUGGUGGGCGAGGUGAGAGCGUACGACGUCGGCGCCAGCAGCGCCAAGGAAUCACGAGAGAGCGCCGGCGCGCUCACAAGCACGUACGCGUUGGUCACGGGCACACCGCACUUCGCGUGGACGCGGACCACCUCGCGUAGCACUCCCAAUUACAGCAUGAGCUCUGCGGCCUCCAGGCGGGACGACGACGAGUGCAGCUUCGCCAUCUCGAGCAGCAUAGGGCAGGUCCGCCCCCGCUCGCUGGAAUGCUUCGGCCUGCUCUCCGAGCAGGACUCUGACGACAACGCCUGCGCCCUGACGGUUUCCAGCCAGAGCGAUGCGAUUCCCACGACGCUGGGCCGCCGCUUGCCGGCCGCCCCGUACCUGGCCGAAGCCGGGGUCCAGACGAGCCCGCUGGCCGAGGAUGGACCUCGGCCUGCCGAGCCUGGCGGAGGCGAUCGCGGACGCGCUGCAGCGCCACGGCGGCCGCGCCGGCGCCCCCCAGCGGUCGGCGUGCUGCCCCUGGCACGGCGCGACGGAGGAGAGGCCGCCCUCGCGGUCGAGAUGCUGCGGCGGACGGCGUGCGACAAAUACUGGGCGGCCAGCGGCGGCAUAGGGCCCCCAGUGGCAGAUGCAGACGUACCCCCGCGAGCUCGCGAGGGCGCCAGUGAGGACUCCCGCGAAGGCUUCGGGGCUCCGCCAGCGGCGCGCCUGCGGGCGCCGUGUCAGGCUUCCCGCUGGGGCGAAGCGCCGGCGGAUGCCGCCGCCGCUGGAACGGCGCUGGAGUCGCCGUCCGUGUCAAGCCCCGCCGUGCGCCACCUGCUGAGCCUGUAGCGCGACCGGCCGGCCCCGUGCUCGCCUCGCCUCAGUGGCCACCUGGUGCCCUCUUGAGACAACCAUGGGGCAGGGGCAGCAGCAGCAGGCAAAGCCACCCGUCGGCGUUGGCGCAGCGCUCCCGCCAUCGCAGGGCAUACAGCUGCCGUGGCUAGGGGGCCACUGUUGCCCGCUCGCGCGCGAUUGGGGCAGACGCUAGCUGUAACAGGCAUGGUCCCCCAGCUACUUCUCCGAGCGCUCCCAGGCCUUCCGCCCCCCGGCCAGCGGACAUCCCGCACGGCCAAGGCGGCGGUUGUCUUCCACAAUCCUCGGGGGGCGCCAGGUGUCCCCAGAUCUCCGACGACAUGUUUCUUUUAAUGCAGGGAUCGGUGUUGCCGGUUGCCUCGCGACGCUGGGCACGUGGCACCAGCGUGGGCCAGUCUGUCUGGCGCGGAUGUAGUCGGCGGGCUAGGCUCGACCUCGCGGAUCGCGAGGCCA